AUGGUUAUCAGCGAUGAAUACAGGGCAUCAGACGAGGAAUACAGGGCAUCAGACGAGGAAUACAGGGCAUCAGACGAGGAAUACAGGGCAUCAGACGAGGAGUACAGGGCAUCAGACGAGGAAUACAGGAUAUCAAACGAGGAAUACAGGGCAUCAGACGAGGAAUACAGGGCAUCAGACGAGGAAUACAGAGCAUCAAACGAGGAAUACAGGGCAUCAGACGAGGAAUACAGGGCAUCAGACGAGGAAUACAGGGCAUCAGACGAGGAAUACAGGGCAUCAGACGAGGAAUACAGAGCAUCAGAGGAGGAAUACAGGGCAUCAGACGAGGAAUACAGAGCAUCAGACGAGGAAUACAGAGCAUCAGACGAGGAAUACAGAGCAUCAGACGAGGAAUACAGGGUAUCAGACGAGGAAUACAGGGCAUCAGACGAGGAAUACAGGGCAUCAGACGAGGAAUACAGGGCAUCAGACGAGGAAUACAGGGCAUCAGACGAGGAAUACAGGGCAUCAGACGAGGAAUACAGGAUAUCAGACCAAGAAUACAGGGACGCCGCUGACCAAUACACUCAGGACCGUUGGUGUGAAUUAUCGUCGUCAGGACCAAAACGUUUCCAAAUUCCCAGCAGUAAUUAUUGUUCCACUGUCGACCCAAAUACACUUAUUUACCGUUACCGGGGACACUCCACAAGUAUCUUGCACCACCGUUGUAUCCGUGAUAGAUCGUCAGAUCACUUAUCUGUUGCUCAAACGGUUUGGUGA